AUGUUGGUGGAUAGUACAGUAAAAGCGAGCCCGUUUUUUUACCAUGAUGAGAGCGAUGCUAAGAAACUGACAAUAAAGGCGACAGAAGAAGCACGCGGCCUAUACACGUGUGAAGUAUCAGCUGACGCCCCAUCCUUUUUUACAUUGCAAGUUCAUGGCUCUCUAAAUAUAGUGGACCUCCCCAAGUCGGAUCCAGAGUUAAAGGGCUUGAAACGUUACUAUCGCCCUGGGAUGAAGCUAAAGGCAGAAUGCAUAAGUCAUGACUCUAUGCCGGCUGCUAAUCUCUCGUUUUUCAUCAACAACGAACAGGCACUUUCACAGCACGUGUGGCAUAGAGUGGGUGGCGGUGAAAACGGCAGCCUUUGGACUGCGUACAGUACAAUGCAAUACGUGGUACAAAAGCAUCACUUUGUCAGAGGCAAAAUAAAGAUCCGGUGUUCGGCGGCUAUAUAUUCGAUAUACUUCAGAAGCCACGAGAGGGUGGUUGAGGAAGAAGGUGGAGGAACUACCAUUGCCCCACUCCCUGAGACAAGGGAAGCUAUCGUCUUCCCCAUACAUCGUAUAUCUUUUAAUAAUGGAUCCGAAAAUGGAGGGAUGUCAUACCGCACUGAAUACCGAGAAGUAUGCAUAUUACUGAUCUUCACAUAUGUUAUCAGAUAA